CUAUACGAAGGUUUACGGAGACUCCUCAAAAUAAUUCCCGCAAAUAAUCCAACGCCAUGCAGGGUCUCCAUUUUCACGGACUCACUCUCUCUUCUCACGGCACCGGAAACAGGCCCACUGACCGUAAAAGACCCAUUACUACGCCUCCUGUGGAACCUGAUCCUUCAAGUGCAACGUCGCAAGGCCCGCAUACGACUACAAUUUAUCUUUGGCCACUGCGGUGUAGUGAAAAAUGAAAAAUGCGACACAGAAGCCAAAAAAGAAGCUACAGAACUACCACAAAGAACUGAUACUUGGAUCACAGAUAUAAUAGCCCACGCUAAACGAAUACUUAAGGGAGAGGACACGCCCCCUCCCUCCCAUAGAUCAAAAAUCACUGGAUCCUGGGACACCACCAAAGACAACCCGGAACUCACUGGAGAAGAAGAAACAGCCCUAGCACGUUUUCGCACAGGUGCUUCGCAUCGCUAUGGCUGGUUGCUGCGUAAGAUACAAACCCAUAUUCCUCCUGGUUGUCGAUGGUGUAAUCCCCAAAAAGUCAGCACGCCGACACCCACCGUUCCACCUAGCCAAAAAAGACCGCACUAUGCACUAAACAAAGCAACAGACCCUGCCACCUGCACUGAAUGUGGGACACAAUACUCAUGCAGGAACACCGCAGUAGUACAUAUGGUCAACAAACACAUGGGUUCAAGAGAGCUGACGCGCUCUGGAAGAUCAAAUUCCCCCAUGAGCCACCUCCGCCGGACAUCCCGCCAGAACCUGCGACAACCUCACAACCCCCACCUCCGGCUACAACGUUACCCCAGACCAAUUCGCCUAUAG